ACAAAUUUGCAUUUUUGCAAAAUAAAUGAGCGGGUCUUGCGUUGCUUGAGACUGCAGUAAAGCUAGAGCCUAAUUUUGACCCCUUGAAGGAUUCAAGAUACUUGAGACAGGGAGACAGAUGUAAACAACAGAUGAAGAAUCAUAUCUGUAGCUGUUUUUUCGUUCAGAAAGAUUUAGCGCAUCAAGUGGAUUCCUCAAGUGGGCUAGGCCAUUCAAACCGGCUGGCAGGAAAAGGUUGAGAGCACUUGCUUUUUCGCUGAAAAUAAUUAGCCCAGAUCCUAGCUGAAAUUUGCAGAAAAGUACAAGUAGUAAAAAGAUUCAGAUAUGUGGAAAAAUAGAGUAAUUUCUUGGCGACGCAGGGGUGUUAUCUUCAAAAACUGAAUUUUGGAAGACAGGUUGUUGGGAGCUCCGGGCGACGGGGAUUUCGAGUGUAAAUAUCGCGCUGUGGAUGUAUUUCUGAUACCUUUGACAAAAAUUGGCAAAAAUGACUCUUAUAACAGAGAAGGACGAUUCCUCAGUACGAGUGGCGCUGAGGGUGAGGCCACAAAGUGCUGCUGAAAAAAUUGACAUGUGUCGAGUAUGUACAUCUGUGAUGGACGACAGUCCACAGAUUGUUCUUGGCAAAGAUAAGGCAUUCACAUACGACUAUGUUUUUGAUACAACUUCACACCAAGAAGAGAUUUUUAAAAAUGUAUCAAGGGAACUCAUUGACGGCUGUUUUGAUGGAUACAACGCAACAAUAUUGGCAUAUGGACAGACUGGUUCUGGAAAAACGUAUACUAUGGGAACAUCAUUUGAUAUGAAUAACAGUCUAGGCCCGGAGCAAGUUGGCAUCAUUCCACGUGCGAUGAAACACCUUUUUGAUGGCAUUCAGCGGUUGAAAAAAGAGGCAGUUGAGAAAAACGUUGCUCCCCCAGAAUUCAAAGUUCAGUGUCAGUUCAUAGAGUUGUAUAAUGAGGAAAUAGUUGAUCUGCUUGAUAUCGAAAACAAAGGAAGAAAAGUGGUGAAAAUUCACGAGGAUGUAAACAGCAAUAUUUACACAACUGGGGUUGUGAUGCGAAAUGUCACGUCUGAAAAAGAUAUAAUGAAAGUGUUAGAAGAAGGGGCUCUUUCACGGACCACGGCAAGCACCAACAUGAACGCAACGUCGUCUCGUUCCCAUGCAAUAUUUACAGUCCAUUUGAAGCAUCACAGAAUGGCACAGGUUGAGGCGGCAGAUGGAGAGGGUGAUGAGAAUGGCCAAACUGAAGAAUUCGAGACCUUGUCAGCCAAAUUCAACUUCGUUGAUCUGGCAGGGUCGGAGAGGUUAAAACGAACAGGAGCGACUGGCGAUAGAGCGAAGGAAGGGAUUUCCAUCAAUCAAGGUUUGCUUUCUCUUGGCAACGUUAUCAGUGCCCUUGGUGACAGGUUGAAACGAGGCUGUCACGUUCCAUAUCGAGACUCAAAGCUUACGAGACUGCUGCAAGAUUCGUUAGGAGGAAACAGCCGCACAAUUAUGAUUGCCUGUGUGAGUCCAUCUGAUAGAGACUUCAUGGAAACAUUAAAUACUCUGAAGUAUGCCAACCGAGCUCGAAAUAUCAAAAAUAAGGUGGUUGUAAAUCAAGACAAAGCAAGCAAGCAAAUCGCAGCUUUACGCGCUGAGAUUCAGACAUUGCAAAUUGAGCUUAUGGAAUACAAACAGGGCAAACGAGUUGCUGAUGGUGAUGGCGGUGACCACAUGAGUGAUGUGUUCCAUGAAAAUACGAUGUUGAACACGGAAAAUGAGAAUCUACGACUUCGCAUGAAAGCUUUGCAGGAGACAAUCGAUUCUCAAACCCAGCAGAUUGCUGAGCUCAAGGCUUCUGCUGUUCUGGGAAAACUCGGAGAUGGUGAGAACGACGUAGAGGCUCUCAUCGUUGGCUAUGUUAAAGAAAUUGAAGAACUGAGCAAUAAGCUGAUACAAAGUGAGGCUAUGUCCUCCGCCGCGGUAAAACGGGCCCGUGCGAUCAGUCGCAUGGCUAUGUCACCUGGAGGGCCAGAGGAAGAUGCUGCUGUAUCGCUGAUUGAACUCGCCAAGCUUGAGUUGCAGAAGGAGAAGAAGAAAAUGAGAAAAGGAAAGCACCACCAUGCGCAUGACCAUAAGCAUCACACGCCUUCACCGAUUAAAGAAGCUGAUGAAAGCGAGGUCCAAGAGAAGAAGGAUGAAAACGAGAAUGAGAAGGGAGUCGAUGAUGAAAUCGAAACGGAAGAAGCAAAUAACGAAAACGAGAAUCAAGACGAAAACGAGGAAAACCCGGAAGAUGAAGAUGAAGAGGAAGAAGAAGACAACGAUGAUGGCUCGUUUGAUUCUGAUGAUGACGAUGAUGCGAUUUCAUUGGCUGAAUCGAGCUACCAGGAAGAAGUGCUCCGAGAAGACAUCGCUGAUGUUUCUACUGAAAUCACAAUCAAACAGAAACUCAUUGAAGAACUUGAGCACAGCCAGCAAAGGUUGUCAGCCCUAAAGCAUCAAUACGAAGAAAAGCUUCAUGUUUUACAGAAUAAAAUCAAAGAAACGGAGGAUGAGCGAGAUAAAGUAUUGCGAAAUUUGGGAUCUGUUGAUUCGAAAGCUCAAGAGAAAUCCAACGAAAUACGAAUAAGAUACGAGAAGAAACUCAAUUCAAUGCAAAAAGAGAUGUCAAAGUUGCAAUCAGCAAAGAGGGAGCAUGCAAGACUCAUGAAAGCAAAGGAACAAAAUGAGGCUCAGCUAAAAAUGCUGAAAAACGAACUAUCUGACUUGAAGAAAAUAAAAGUAAAGUUAAUGAGACAGAUGCGAGACGAAGUUUCCAAGGCAAAGCACAGAGAAGAAAAGUUUUCAUCGCAGCUUGAACAGAUGAUCAAAGAAAACAGGAAAAGAGAUAUCCAGAUAAAAAAUCUAAAGCAAGAUAAGAAACAAAAAGAUUUGAUCCUUAAAAGAAAACAAGAAGAGCUGAAUUCGAUUCGAAAGCAAAUCAAACCAGUUUCGGGAACUGUUGGAAUGAAGAAGAAGCUGGAAGAAGAAAACGCAAAGCUACGCGCUCAAGUGGCAAUGCAGAAUUCUGCAGCCAACGAUGAACCGAGAAAAAGGGGCCAGGCUGCUGUUAAGACCCCCACUAAAGAAAGGAACCCAGGGAAACCAACAACACCACAGAAGUCACCCGCAGUUUCCCGAAACGCAAAAAAGAAAUGGGAGAUGCUCGAGAGAAAGAUGAACGAUUUGAUGCUGAAAAUGAAAACAGUUGCCAGCAUGGAAAAUGACAUGGAGAGAUGGUUGCAAGAUCGAGACCGAGUCAGCAAGCAGCUGGAAGGGUGUCAAAAGAAGCGGGAAGAGGCUUCAAGAAUGAACAGGGACGAGAGCCUGGUACAAGAAUUGAACGAGCAGCACGAAGCGUUAACUGCACAGAUGGAAUACAUCCAGGAAAAUAUAACUGAGAGUCAGAGCACAAUCAUGGAAAUGGAGGAUGUCGGUGAACUAAUCAACUCGAAUGAAAUCAUCCGAGGCUGCUCGUUAUCAGAGGCGCGAUAUAUGUUGGAUCAUUUCUACGGCAGAACCGUAGAGCUGAGCCAAGAAGUAGCCAAUAAAGACGCUGCAUACAAAGAACUCGAACUGAGGCUAGAGGCGAUGGAACAACAUUGUGAAGUGCAACAGCAACUACUUCAGCACGUGUUCGUAGAGAAGCACUUUGGAGAGGCGGGUGGCGAUGAAGAGUACCAAGCUGGUCUUCUGGAGGACACGCUCAGUGAAAAUGGGCUCCAAACGCAACCGAAUUUCAAAAGUGUCUCAAGAAAAGCCAGAAGAAGAACAGGAUGUCCAGAAGAUUUUCUAAGACCGACACUUGCAAAUCAAUCUACAGGUCCAAAUGAAAAUCCUGCAAAACAGCUUGAGAAUGCUUUGGAGAAAAAAGUAGCAAAUAUGACUCGCAAAGGCUCGGAUACUCCUGAGGUGAACCAGGCGUUAAUGCAAAAACUCAUGGAGAUCGACAAAGCUUUGAAAAGGGAUAAGAGCGAAAUAGACACCAAAUUGAUGCCACCACCAACAAUGUCCCGCGGGAUACCGAGCUCCUCGCAGAGCACGGGCUCCGAAUCCCGCUCUCGCUCUUUGCAGACCUCUUCGAUCGAUAUCAAACCAAAGGCAUCUAAUAAUAAACUUGACAAAAAAGGCCGCGCGAACUCGUUUGGAAGUACGGGCUCUUUGAAUGAUGUUGGUAUGGUAUCGAACGGCCCGCUGCCACCUUCAUUUCAGCGUGGAAAUCGUGUCUCCAAAUCUGCACGGACGUUUGAUUCGAAAUUCAGCGAUUCCCAUCACAGCAGAAUUCAACCGUCAUCGGCUAAAGGCUCUCCUACGCAGUUACGGAAACAGAGUUCCGCUGACAUAGACAAAGCAAGUCGGCCUGGAUCAGGAUUCCCUAGCCCUGGUUCUUCCGGAAACUUACGAGGAGAAUCUUCAAAUAAUAUUUAUAAAAGUUUGCCAAGAACAGCAAAGCUAAAUGCCAAGAAUGCAUCAAACCGAGGCGAAAAUAACAGCGGGGAUAAAUACACGAUGAGGGUAGAAACAGAUUCAACGGAUGUUUUCAAACGUCUAACAAGCAACCUACCGCAAGAGGCUGACCCAGAUCUGGGUCAAAUGCUCCCAGUAAAAGCACCUCAAGGGCGUCCUGAAAAUUUGAUGUGCACGCAUACAGCUACUGGACAUACGAAUGCUGUUUUGUCUUUAGCAGUUACUGAGAACAUGCUUAUUACUGGGUCAAAAGAUCGGACUGCAAAGAUAUGGGAUUUAAACAGAGGAGACGAAAUUUUAUCGUUGUCUGGUCAUAAACGUGACGUCGCAGUAGUCAAAUACUCACCAAUUACAAAGCUAGUGUUUACAGUCAAUCAAUCGACCAUCAAGAUUUGGGAUAUCCGUCAGAGAACUGGAGUCUGUGUGAAAACAUUAAGCGGUAACUUUUUCCAAUUGGGUGAGAGUGCAAUUACGUGUCUCGAGCUGAACAGCACCGGAGAUGUCUUGUAUUCUGCAGUUGGAAAUUCAGUGAAAAUGGUUGAUUUAAAAACAUAUGGAACACUUGGUAAACUUUCUGGCCAUUCUGGAACAGUAACUUGUCUCCUUGUAACAAAGGGCGAUCGAAAGGGUGACAUAUGUGUUACUGGUUCUAAAGAUCAUUAUGUCAAGGUUUUUGAAGUUUUGGAUGAUAUUUCAGGCAGCCAGAUGCCGCGACACAACUUGGAGCCCCCUCAUUACGAUGGUGUUGAGUCGUUAGUAAUCAAGGGGGAGACCCUUUUUAGUGGAUCACGUGAUAACAGCAUAAAGAAGUGGAAUCUCCAUAAUUAUCAACUCAAGCACCAUAUAACAACGGCUCAUAAAGACUGGGUGUGCUCACUUAACCUCGUUCCCAAAUAUGACGUAGUGGCAAGCGGAUGUCGAAGCGGAGUAUUAAAAACCUGGCAUUCAGAAUCAUGUACACAAAUAGGCGAAAUCAAUGCCCAUUCUAAAUCAAUCAAUGCGAUAUCAGCCAAUUCUUCUUUAGUUUUUACAGCUUCUAGCGAUCGUCUUGUGAGAAUUUGGAAACCGACCCCCACCAUGGACGAGCAGGUACAAGCCAUUAUCUCAAAUGACUCAUAACCGAACCUGUUUGUUGUCCAAUUCGUUUUGUGUCUCAGCUGUGAGUCAGUUUAAACUAGUCUUGUUAAUGUGUUGCAAAUGAAGUUGCAAACAUCUUCUAAUCUGCUGGUAGUGUUGACUUCGUUUACUGUAUCUCAUCUGGUACCUAUUACCAGUUGAAUAAAUAUUUCCUCUAUCUGAAAUUUCAUGAAAAUUUACUAGGUCAUUUCAAUUAAAACGUGUGCAAUGUGUGGGAUUUUUCUGUCUUGUAUAGACAUUGCCCGGACAAGUAUUGCAGUUUAUAUUCCACUUUUGCCCAUUAACUUGUUCGGGUAUCCUAAAUUACCUUUCACGGCUUUAACAGUCGUGUGGAAUGAAGAAAUGAUCUUUUCAGUGGCAGAUAGAAGUUUUUAUAUGACAAUGUGGAUAUAAUAACUUUUCGUUUGUGGUUGAAUUAUCUAAAAAGUCAAAAUUUCGUUAAGACUUUCUAGCCUUGAAUUAUCGAAGAUUCAUAUAUGGAAUGCUAGUAACAUGCAUAUCAAGUUGACAAAAUAUUUCCGUAAGAGCUCGUAUUCCAUUGCCCGUUUCUUUGGGUAGUUUGCAAUGAAAUUCAGUCGCCUUUAGCCAACGCUGUAAAGCUAUUAAAUUCUUUUGCACGGAGAUUUUUUUCUCUAGUUUGACAUUAGCCCAAAAUCGUAGUCUAGGUAGAAAUUUUCAUACUCUAGCGUUCUUAUAAUUUAUUGGAAGAAAAAUAAUUAAUUUAAAAAGGAUGUGAGCACAAAUAGUGAAUAAUUAUGUGGGUAUCAAUAAAGGAUUGAUUUUAAAAUUAUGCCCUUGUAUAUUUCCAAUGGAUGAUUUUCUUUAAAUCGAAUUAUUUAAACAGUUAUUAUUCAUCAUUCACUCUAACAACAUAAGCAGUUAACUCCCGUAGAGUAUUUUUAAACAGUCGGAUGAAGUGACAACAAUUUUGCGCAUCCAGGUAGAAUAUAGGUUGAUGUGAUUCCGUUUGUUAUAAAUUUCUAUCAAGAGUUUAUGCAGUUUACAGUUAAUCAGUGCAAACUCUCCAACCCCCCUCCCCCCUGCACCCCUCCCCUCCCCCUUCCUUCUCUUACCCUCCCUCCCCCAGAAACAUUAUAGUCUAGGCUAGGCCUAUUUCCUUUGACUAUUUAGACAGGCUUAGAUUUUUCAGUUGGUGUCAUUUGUGCUAGAUUUAAUCAGGCUGACAUUUAAUUUGUUCAGUCGUUUUUCUGAACAGGUCUUUAUAGUCAGAUGCAUUCUACUUUUAUUUUAAUUUAAUUUAGAACUUUUUGCUGUUUUAGAAUUAUAUUACACUUGAACUUAGCUAUUCCGAAAAACCGAUACUUUGUAGAUAUAAACUGUACAGAUUGGUAUAUGGCUCUGAUAAAGACGAGUGUUGUUUGUUUAGUUGACGGAUUAAGACGAGUGUUUAGAAAACAGAAAUAGGUUCGUAAAACAAUAGCACAACUUUGAAAUAAUCUAAAUCAAGUUUUGCUUAUUUCAGUUUGUUAUUUCCAAUGUGGCAUCGUUUCUAGAACACUUUUUAAGACGAUGAGAUUUCGAUGCUAAUUUUUCCGUCCUUUGGUGCAAUUUUUGCCAGGCCUGUCAUUGUUUGUAGGUUUUCUUGUAGUAAUGUUUUGUAAAUCGACUUUAGCAAUUAGAGAAUUGGAUCGUUAAUCAAGUUUUCUAACCGUGUUCUUGUCAUUCAGUUGUUUCGUGUUUUUUAAGUCAUUUUCAGUGAUUGAUGUUUUGUAAUUGAUGAUUUAAUAGCAAUGAAGUCUUGUUAAUUUGCUGUACUGUUGUCUAA